CGGGGCGUCUCUUGCCAGGAAAGCGCGUGGGAUUCAUAUUGUCGCGUCAUAGCCGUAUUGUAAUGUUUUUGUGGAAAGCGACGAUGACACCUUGCUAAUAGUCUGGUUUUAGAAUGUUGAUAACAUUGUGUUACGUGUAUCUGUGGGUGCGUUUCCAGAAAUGCUAUUCACUAGUGAUUCGCAACAGACUUUCAACGCUAAACAGCAAGCGCAGCCUGAGUUUCAUCCGCAGUUCCCGAUCGUCCUCAGUAUCUGUCCUGGCGACGACAGUUGCUCCAGCUCCGUGCCAACACUCGCCCGAGGACGACGUCUUCUUGCAGCUUGGAGACAAGUCAGUCACUGUAACGGAACUUAAGGUAUGUGAUGACAUCAUCAAAUGGAAUGUUUUAUCGGAGUCCGCCAUCGUUUGUGGGCCACAAAUAGACAACAUUUCAUUCAUCAUAGAAGCUUCUGGACACAGUGGUACCUGCAAAACACCAAACAAUGAACCUUUACAGGUGCUGAAGUGGUCUGACUUUUGCCAACCUCUGGCUUGCAGCCCUGGUCAGCCAUUCAGGGCAGUGGCUCAGGCCAGUGUUGAAGAUUUCGGUCGGCUGGCUGUAGCUUUUUUAGAGGAUCGCCUUCAACUGGAUAAUGGACUUGCGCCAUCAAAGAUUGUCCCAAUUUUCCUCAAAGAAUCCAUUCUUAGUGAGCCAAUUCAAUGCCCUGUGGAUCCCAUAAAUGUAAAGUCAAUACUCUUUGAUGACACUCAGGGAGUAAACGGUCAGCCUUUGCCUUUUCACAUGUUACCACACCUCCAGCACUCUCAGUGCUGUAAAAGUAACCUACCUCUUACCCCUUAUUCAAAGAAGAAGUUAGAAAAACUAAGAGUAUCAGGACCAACUUGCUUCAGCCAGGAUCAAAGUACUAACUCUGAGCAUAAUUUCUUGGGAAAUCAUCACCACAUGGAGAGCCAUGGACACUCUCUCCAUCUGUCAAGCUGCCAUGAAUGUCUGGAGCUCGAGAAUAGCACAAUCCUCUCUGUCAAAUAUAGUUCAGCAGAGAACAUUUCAGACAUCCCUGAUGAUCCCUCACUAUGUCUUGAUAGUGAGCAUAAGACUUUUGAUGACUUUGAACUUGAUGUCAAAAGUAAUGUUUGCAAAAGCUAUGGAUUUGAACAUAAACUUCCAAAUGUUGUAGUGUACACAAAUGGUAGCAAAGAGCGUUUUCGAGCAGUUCAUCGUGUUUUAACAGAGUGUCUAAACAUGGAAAAGUACAUUAUAUAUUCCCUUCAGCCACAGCAAGCCCUGAGUGAACCCUGGAUUGAAAAUACGAGGCUCCUGGUUCUCGCAGAGGAGGAAGUGCUAACACCCCAGCUUCACACAAGAUUUUUGAAUUAUCUGAGCCAUGGUGGAAGGGUCCUGGGGCUUGCUUCCUCCCUGUGCCCUGCAGGUAUCUCUCUAGAGAACAGAGACCAACAACCUGGGAAAGUGUGUAGACUAAGCUUCACACGAAAGGACUGCACAGAACUUGAACUGAAUGUGUUGGCAACUGGGAAAGUCUUUGUCAGAGAUGUCCAGGGACAAGGGAAUUUGCGGCUCUUGGGGGAGCUCAAAGAUUGUCCUCAUCAGAAGCAUAUGGUUAUCAUCAGGGUAACCCACGGAGAGCAUGGGGGGGAAGCUGUCUUGUGUCAGAUCCACCUGGAAAGCACUCCAGACUUCCAGAACCUGCCAACUGAAGGUUUUGAUGGUUUAAAGGUCAACAAUGCACUACAACAUCAAGUCUUGGUAGAGAUUUUGACUUCUCUUGGCCUUAGUUGCCAGCAAAACAAAACACCAGCACGAAGUCCAGUUUACCUUCUGGCCACCUCUCAGGAGGCCAAAGCUAAGUUUCUUCAGUGUCUACACACGCAAGUAAAUGAUGAUGGCCUUGUCAUGAUGUCAAAGGCAUCCCUCAGGAUAUUGCCCAGUACUGAGCUACAAGAUGGUGCUUUUCUGCAUGACUGCUCUCUUUCACUCUUCACUGACACUCCUGAGUCACAGAACUGGGACCAGUUUUGUUUCGAUACCUACUGUAAUAACCUGACAACCGUUCUGCUGGGGCAUACCUUGCUGUAUGCUGAGGUUGUUUCAUCUACCAUGGACCUGGUUGAAGGAUUUAAUCUGCAUUUACCAGAAGAUGUUGGUUUAAUAGUCGUAGCUGCUCAACAAAGUCAUGGCAGAGGGCGGGGAAGAAAUGCGUGGCUUAGCCCUCUGGGCUGCGCUAUGUUCACACUAUGUGUCCAGAUAAAGCUGAGUUCGAGGCUUGGACAGAAGAUUUCCUUUCUGCAACACCUGGCUGCUCUUGCUGUAAUUGAAGCUGUGCGUACACUUCCUGGAUAUGAGGACAUUGACUUGCAGAUAAAGUGGCCCAACGAUAUCUACAACAGCAAACUGAUGAAGCUUGCAGGAGUUCUUGACAUUGACUUGCGGAUAAAGUGGCCCAACGAUAUCUACAACAGCAAACUGAUGAAGCUUGGAGGAGUUCUUGUAACUUCCACUGUCAUGGGUUCAACAUUUCAUCUACUAAUUGGCUGUGGUUUCAAUGUGAGCAACAGUAAUCCAACAGUGUGCAUCAAUGACCUAAUCCAGAAGUACAACAUUCAGCACAAUUGCGACCUGCAACCCCUGAGCUGUGCACAGUUUAUUGCUCGGACAGUCAGCUGCCUGGAGGACCUCAUAGACUGCUUUCAACGCGGCGGUGCAGAGGCAAUCCUGCCAAUCUACUACAAGAGAUGGCUUCACAGGACCUGCGCGAUGCGCGGCUGUGGCGAGAUGGACGGUCCCCAGUGAGCCGGACCACGUCCAGCUAACUCGCCGCUGGCGGGUUGGCACGGGGCAGGAAGAUGCACUUCAGGGAAGAUUUAUUUUUUGGGGUUGUACGCAUAGCUUGAUAGCCAAUUGCACUCUGUAGUGGUAGAAAAAAUGGCCCAAGUUGUUAUCAAUAAGGAAAUAGCAUUUGCACAGAAAAACCUCUGCAUGGAAUAAGGGCACUAGGUACUUACAGAGUGGGGGAGGGACGACUCAUGCCAGAGGCCUGCUUGUGUCAUCUGGCUUUGUUUUAGCCCCUCCCCCAAAAAACAGUCAUCUGAGAAAGUGAAAAAGAGUUUAAUGCAAUAUCUCAACAAUUCAAUACUAAAUUAUUUGCAUGUUUUCAGCUCUUCAAACAUAUUUAAUGUAUUUAGAAAGAAAAACAAAACACCACAAUUACUUAACUGGGUCUUUAAGUUUUUGGUUGUAAGUGUAGUAAAAUGUGAAAAAGUUCAAGGGGUAUGAAAUUGUAUCCACUGUAAUUACAACUACACAAAAUCAGAAUCGAUAGAUGGGUUGAUAUUUUAUAAAAGUUGACUGUCUAUUGUUUUUUCUUUCAGCGGAGGUCUGGUGCAUCUUUGGAGCGAGGAUGGACCUGACGCUGAGGUG